AUGACGUCUGAAGAAACUCCGAUAUCUGAACAACUGAAGGGUUGUUAUGAGAAUCUUAUUGUAAUCGACAUUGGCGCUAACUUGACAAACAAGAAAUACGGCCGUGAUCUCGAUUCUGUUGUGCAAAGGGCAAAAGAUGCAGGUGUCCAAAAGAUCAUGGUUACAGGCACAUCUGUUAGGAACAGUAAAGAAGCCCUGAGACUGACCCGCCUCUAUCCCAGCACUAUAUACUCCACAGCCGGCGUCCACCCACACGAUGCUAAGUCAAUGAUAGAAGAGGAUAUGUGGGGUGAGCUCCACGAAAUAGCAGCUGCACCGGAGUGUGUUGCGGUCGGCGAGUGUGGCCUGAACUACAGCAAGGACUUCUCAGAGCCGCACGUGCAGCGCGACGUAUUCAAACGACAGGUUGAAAUGGCAUGCGAACUUCGGAAACCUCUAUUUGUCCACGAAAAAGAAGCUCAGGAUGACCUGAUUAAAAUUCUGGACGAAUUCAGCAACCGUUUACCCGCAGUAGUGAUACACUCCUUCACUGGUUCCGUAGAACAGGGCCUCAAGUAUAUCGAAAAAGGAUUUUAUUUGGGCAUAACGGGAUAUAUAUGUAAGGACAAGUCCGAUGGUGGAAUUCGGAGAUUGUUAUCGGAAAGACUGCUGCCCUUGGACAAGUUGUUGGUAGAGACAGAUUCACCGUUCAUGUACCCGAAUAUGAGAGCUUCGAAGCUGCCACUGCAUGUGAAGGAUUCUUUGACUGAGAGAUCCAUGAACUUCGUGAAUCGCUACUGCACGUUUCAACGCAACGAGCCGUGCGCGCUGCCCGCCAUCGUGGAGCUGAUCGCCGGGUUCCUGGGGCAGAGCCCUGAAGACGUCGCCCUAGCCACCGCAUUUAAUGCACUGAAGAUAUUCGGCCUCAGUCAGUGA